AUGUUUCGUCCGUCAACGCGUCAUAAUAUACCUUCCUCAUCAUCCAAUCCAGCACUAGAGGUGAAGGUGAACAAAAGACAAUCGGGUGUGGGAUCUGGUUCAGGUCCCAGUGGUAGAUAUCCGUAUCGACUGAAUUUUUAUGAGAGACCACCGACACUCGAUAUAACAUUAGAAGAAUUCGAGACAUUCGCCAUUGCUAGGUUAAGAGUGUUAUCUCAAAUAGAAGCUCUGUCACAUCGUUCAUUACCUUUUGCACAAUUACAAAGUGCGAUAACGAAUUAUACGAAACAACACUUAUUAUUAUCCAGUAAUACUGCUAGGAACGUCAACUUAGAUGAAGAACGAAGGAGAGAUGAGAUUGGACAUUGGGUACUAAGAUUGAGUUUCUGUAGGAGUCCCGACUUGAGAGCACGGUUCAUACGCUCCGAAAUAGCAUUAUUCAGAAACCGAUUCGAGACUGAUGACAUCAACGAAAGAGCUCAAUUUUUGAGAUCACUGGAGUUUGAUUGGCAAUUGGUCGAUGAAGGUGAAAAAUCAAGAUAUGAGAAAGAGUUGAGAGCUUGUAUGUGGGAAAAGAAGGAUGAUGCGUUCAGAGCUGAAAGUUGGUUCAAAGUCCCUUGGUUCACAGUCCCAGAUCUAGUUGGAUCUCGUAGAGUGUUCAUCAGAGCAGGGAUGGCACAUGUACCUCAAAGUCUGCAGAUAUCUUUAGUACUUCAAGCGUUCGCGAGUAGGCUUGAAAAAGCUUUAGAGCUCACAGCCAAGAACCUUCCCCGUUUAGAUGAAGAUGAUCGACUUGGACCUGUAAUCGAUCAUUUGGCUUCAUCAUUUUUAUCAGGAGUCGCGUCGUCAGAUUAUCAAUCGCCCGAUUCUACCACAGCUCAAGGUAUCGUCACUGCUGAAAUGGUCGAUGAUGUCGCCAGGAAACAUUUCCCACCAUGCAUGAGGAAUUUGUAUGGUAGAUUGAAAGGAGAUCAUCAUUUGAAGCAUUUCGGAAGAUUGCAAUUGGGUUUGUUCUUGAAGGGCAUCGGUUUGCCACUGGAUGAAGCAGUCGUAUUCUGGAGGAGAAUGUAUGGGUCGACAAUGAGUGAUGACAAGUUCAACAAGGAAUAUAAAUACAACAUCCGACAUUCAUAUGGACAGGAAGGAAAGAGAUCAAACUAUCCUCCGAAAAGUUGUCAACAGAUAUUAACACAGAACCAACCUGGAACUCAAGACGCCCAUGGAUGUCCGUUCCGACAUUUCUCACCCGACAACCUGUCUUCUUUCUUGACAAUGACAUAUCCUCAGAUAGAUAAAUCAUCAUCUGAAAUGAGAGAUAUAUUAGAUUCGGUGAAAUCGACUCAUUAUCAUGUUGCCUGUACGAGAGUAUUUGAAUUGACUCAUGGGAUCAAGAAAGGUGAAGGACUAGGAGAUAAUGAAAGUGUUGCCCAUCCUAAUAAGUGGACUGACAGAAGUAGAGAAUUAGAGAGGGAAGUGUUAGAGAAGAUCAAGAGUAAAGAAGAUGAUGAUACGAUGAUGGUUGAUCCAUGA